AACAGUUUAAACAUCACACUCCUGCCUGGUAAAAUAAGGGAACACGUAUUCUUUGUCAAUUAUACUGAACAUGGAUACUAAGUUGAUCUUCUCCAAUGUCAUUGUUUUGAUGUGUUGGGUGGUACUCGCCAGUGGAUAUAUCACAUACAUUGCCAUCAGACUACCUUUACAGGGUCAGAGGUCACCACCAGGGUCACCAUGGCCACACCCAAAGGAAAUGAAACUAACAACUGAAGCCCUUACUCUUGACAGAUCGAGCUUUAAGAUAAGAUCUACAAUCAAAGGCUGUGACGUCAUUGACAAUGGGAUAACGCGGUUCAGGUCUAACCUAGAUGUUGGAUCUAUAGACGACGCUCUUCAAACAACAGAAGACCUACAAAUACAUGUAGAUAACAGUUCCUGUCAAGGAUAUCCCUAUCUGGGAAUGAAUGAAUCGUAUACACUGAAAGUCGACAGACAUUCCAUCCUCCGUGCCAACACUGUAUGGGGAGCAUUAAGGGGUCUUGAGACAUUUAGUCAGUUGCUGUAUACUUUCCCUACAGGGCAGGUAAGAAUAAACAAGACGGAAAUCUUCGACGAGCCCCGAUUUCCACACCGUGGUAUCAUGCUGGAUACUGCCCGUCACUUCAUACCAGUACCUAUCCUAUUACAGAAUUUGGAUGCUAUGUCUUACAACAAGUUCAACGUAUUCCAUUGGCACAUUGUUGAUGAUCAGUCCUUCCCAUACCAGAGUAUCAAAUUCCCCGGACUAUCACAGAAGGGAGCAUACAGUCCCGUUCAUGUGUAUAGCCAAAAGGACAUACAGAGAGUGUUGCAGUAUGCUAGAUUGCGGGGUAUCCGAGUCAUUGUCGAGUUUGAUACGCCAGGGCAUACCCAGUCCUGGGGGAAGUUUAAUCGGGAUCUGCUAACUCCAUGUUGGAAUGACGGGGAGAAGGGAAAGGCAAAAUAUGGGCGGCAUGGCGAAUACGAGAUAAUGAAUCCUAUGUUAAACUCCACCUUCGCAUUUCUGGAGGAGCUGUUCUCUGAGGUGACAUCCGUGUUUCCAGAUGAUUACAUACACUUAGGAAUGGAUGAAGCAUAUCACCAUUGUUGGGCUUCCAACCCCGACGUGGCAGACUUUCUGACCAGGGAGUUAGGUUUAAAUGCCUCUGACUUUUCUGGUAUGGAGCAGUACUACAUUCGACGCACGUUGGAUAUCGUGUCGAACACACAAAAGAAGGCAAUCAUUUGGGAGGAUCCCAUUGAAGUCGGACUGGAGGCAGACAAGGACGUUUUGGUCGAGGUAUGGAAAAACAAACAGAAAUGGAGCUCCAAUAUGCUAAACGUGGUACAGAGAGGGUAUUCAGCGAUUCUGUCCUCUUGUUGGUAUCUUAACUAUAUCCAGUACGGACAACAGUGGCGUCAAUACUACGAAUGUGACCCACACAACUUCAGUGGAACGGCUCAGGACAAGUCACGAGUUUUAGGAGGUGAGGCAUGCUUGUGGGCCGAGUACGUGGAUGGCACCAAUCUUCUCUCCAGACUUUGGCCUCGAGCGUCCGCCGUAGCUGAGAGAUUGUGGAGUCCUGAACACAUGAAGAACCCAGAUGAUGCUUCUUUCAGGCUAGACCAGCACAGGUGCAGGAUGCUUAGGCGAGGAAUUCCUGCUGAGCCAAUCUUGAAUGGUUUCUGUGGUGACUUCGAAGUGAAAACGGAUACUGACGAAGUGCAGCAGAAAAGCGUCUGUACAAACACUGCUUCUGCUUUUCCUGUAGACUGUUUUGUAUUGGUCUAUAUGGGAAUAGUCUUGUUAUUGUCAUUAGCGCCAUCUAGAUUGGAUGGUGAGUGAUUCCGCUGGCGAGGGGCUUCAUCACAAAGGAAAGUAGCGCCAUCUAGAUUUGAUGGUGAGUGGUUCUACAGUCUAGGUGCUUCAUCACAAAGAAAGCCAUUGAUAUGUGUUGAGCAAGAAUGGAGAUCAACAUGUCUAUCAUACAUGUUCAUAACUAUAACUAAUUUGUGAUGAACAGAGCAACCUUAAUAAAUUUUAAUGUUUUA